AUGAAUGCUUUAUGUGCACUACAUCAUUUCUGUGAUCUACAUGGACCGCAAACGCUAUUAUGUACUGAAGGAAGGACUUAUAUUCAGGACUACAAUGACAAUGACAAUGAAGAAUUAAAAACCUACUAUUCACAAUUUAUGAACGCAAAAAGUCCGCAAGAAAAGACUCAAUGUCAAUCGUGUACAUUGUCAAGUGAAGGUGUGGUGAUCACUACGACCGAUUAUUCGCAUCACAUGCAAUAUGUCUCGUCCUCGUCAACACCGAAUGCUGAAUUAUUCAAAACUAUUCGUCAUGCUUGCGUUCGAAGUUUGACUAUUGAAAAACCGACCGACAGCGAACAUCCAAUAGUGUUUGGUGAUGAUCAAGGUGGUUAUUGUUUAUCGUUUAGUUUUGUUUGUAAAGACUUCUACGCACGUGGAAGUCAACGUCGUUACUCAUUGUGUUACUUAUGUCCUGAUAAAUACCAUCUUUUAUCUGUUAUGUGUUUUAUCGAGAAAUGUAUGAAGCAAAUUAUCUUUUGGUUACAGUAUGAUGCUAGUCAAACCUACAGCCAUGAAGAGCAGAUUCAGGUGAGCGCGAAACGUCAUGGAAUUAUUACCGCAACUUCGGUACGUCGUGUGUUACCUUGUCAACCGGUACAGCGUAUGCUUAGUGAUAUUGUUUGCGAUUCGAAAUUAAUCUAUCGGGCUCAUGCGUUGUUCGUCUGGAUACUUCGAACGACAAAUUCAGCUAUUCAAGAGUCACUGUUCGAAGCUUUACCUGUACAAGAACGAAUAGGCGGUGUUCACAACCAACAAAUAGUAAAAUAUCGAUCGGAAACAACCGACGAUUCGACUGAUGUUGACAAUGAUACUUACAAUAAUAGUAAUUCGGAUGUUGAUGACGAUGAUGAUGAUGACUACGAUUCAUUAGAAUAUCAUUUCGCAUCUUAUGGAUUUCAAGCGCUACGACUAUUUCGAAAAUUUAUUAUGAAACUGGAUAAUCUAAAGUAUCUACAUUAUAUACUAUUCAAUUGGCUAACUGGUAAUCAACUCAUCAUAAAGUAUCAGAAUAGAACUGAAGAUAAAGAUUUUAUUCGAGCUUUCAUCAGUGUUUUUCGAUUACUUUUACCCGACAAUUGUUGUCAUUUGAUGGAAACAACUAGUCAAAUAGCGUCGUGCACAGCAAAUCUUAUCCUACUCGAUAUGGAUGCAUUAGUAACGACAGCUGAUGAUUGUCAACAGUAUACCGAUAAAUAUUCAAUAGCAAUUCGGAUUAUUUUCGAUUCCUCUGAUGAACAAAUACACCUUGUCGAAUUGGAAACACAGCCAUCAGAAAAAUUCGAUCGGAUCAAUAUAUUCCCAACGUAUGUGAAAGUACUCGUGGACUUAUUAACUGACAGUCAUUUAGAUGAUGAUACUUUAGAAGCAAUUAUCAUACAACAAAAGAACAAAUACUUGAAUAAAGCAAAACUCUAUUUUCAACUUGGUCGGUGUCCAAUUGCGUCGUUUUUAUCGAUGAAUGAACAUCAACAAAUGAAUAUAUUGAAAAUUACUAAUCCAAACGAUUUGUUGAUUAUUCGAUUUUGGCAACGCGGACUUUCAUCUGCAUAUAAAAAUCAAAUUCGUAUGAUGAAACAAGAUGACAAUCAACAACGAAGUGUCCAGUAUCAAAAGCAGUGA